AUGAUCUUCUGCAGCGGACCCCCGCGCAUCUACGCCGCGUGUGAUGCCCGCGAGCGGGCAGAGGACGUGGCACUGGCGAUGCAUUCGUCGCAGCACGUGCUCGCGCGCGUCACGUCGACGGUCGUGACGCUGUGGAGCGCAUCGGUGGAUCUUCCAGGCUCGGGGCGCCGUCUCUUGGCGCAGUGUCGCCGCAGGGGACAGCAAGUGCAGCAGCUGACGGACGACACGGACAGCAACGGGCCUUUGGAAGAGAGUCAUCCGCCGCGAUUGCUCUAUGCCGCGUGGGGGUUGGGGGAGUGUCUGGCUGUAGUCGAAAAAGGGGCCCAGUCCGUCGAGUUUUACACGUUCGAUGGACUGGACGAGUUGCUGGUGCGUGCCGAGACAGGUGGCAGCGACCACUGGACGGACGGCAGUGUGAAGGAGGUGGACGAUGAUGCAAAUAUUGGCCCUGACAUGACGCUAAACCGUUCGGUUGCUCUCCGUCCCGAGCAAAAGAGAGCGGACGAUGGAGACGAGGCAGCGGCAACUACAACGAGGCUUUUACUUGUCGCUAGGUUUGUCGGUGAUUACCCGCUGAAUCAGGGCACUUCUCAGAGCGAUUACGAAGACGUGGCUGCCUCGAUGAGCGCCAUGCCUGGCAGCAAGUAUCUAUUUGUUGGGAUGGCGAGUGGCAUGAUUUGUGUCGUGGAAGUUGCCGACCGCGGCGACGUGGACGAAGAAGGGUUGACCUGGUUUGUUAACUCAGAUAGUUCUACCAAGAUUUGGAAAAUCGACGUUCGCUCGCACCUGGCAGUGUCAGAAGAAGCGGAGCCAGCAAGUUGUUACGCGCUUACAUGCGCUUCGCCCGAGGGAUGGCCAUCCGAGAUCACGUCCUUGCACUUAAUUGCUACUUUUCAAGGAGGGAAGUGUUUCAUCAUGGUACUGUCUCUUGCCCAGAAACGCAUUGAUCAAUUGCUGUCACUUGUAAACACGGGGAAAGACAGCGACGCGUCAACCGCGACAUGUGCUGGUGGUAGCAGUCGGUGCACAACGACGUGUCUGGACACAAAUGGCACGCAACUGGCUCUUGGCUGGUCGGACGGUGGUGUGUCGCUGUUUCGAUUGUUGUCCAACUGUACGGAACAAAAAGACAAGCAUGAGAAAAACAGUGAAGCUGACGUGGCAACGAAAGGACGGUUGUCUUCACUGGCUCUAGAGCCAAUUCGGGAAUUGAGUCUCGUCUCAUGGGGGUAUACACCAGACGAUACGGGAUCAGUUACGGCUUUGGCUUGGUCUCAUGACGGUCGAAGUAUUGCUAUAGGCUACGAACAGCGUGGUUUCUCCCUUUUUGCGACUGACGGCUGCCGAUUGAUGUCAAGUAUGCCGCAGCAUAAUCAGGAACGGCCAGGUAGAAUUGACGGUGUCAACAUGAAAGAAGUGUGCGCCUUUGGUGUCCUUGAUAUAGCGUGGACAAAAGAAAGCAAUUCGUUGGUUGUAGUACCUCGCGGCGAACGGUCGACGCAAUUGGUGCGGUUGCCGGAAGAUGAGAUAUUGCAAGAAAUGGAGGAUGAGGAUGUCAUAAAAGUGGUGAAUGUCGCAGACUUGGUUGAAAAGGUCCAUGCGAAGAUGCAAAAAGGAAAAGACGGACUGUGUUUGUCGUUAUCCGGUGCACCUGGUCGUUGUGGCGCAUGGGUUCGCAGCGAAAAAAGUUUUACAAAACGAGCCGUUGGUGAAGAUGCAGGGCCGGCGGAGGCAUGUGGACUGAUCCAGGGUGGAGACUUGCUAGUGGGCAUAAACGAUAACUCCCAAGUCGUCAAUUUGGCGUUUGAGCACAUUGUCAGUGAGAUCAAAGGGUUGCGAGAUAACGAAGAAGUGGUGCUCACACUGAUGCGCAUGAAGUGGGAUGUAGUCUUUUCACUGUCGGUCGAAGCACUGUCUUCUGCUGACUUUAUGAAUGCGCAUGGCAUCCACUUGCUCGACGACGAGAAUUUGUGCAUUCGAGAGUACGCACUACGUAUGCAAGCGCUGCACGGAGAUUGCAACGGGGAAGGCUGCCCGCCUCUUAUGGAAUUUGAACGUCGUGCAAAGUUUGAUGGCUGGGAAGCGAUCAGGGGCACCACAUCUGUCGUCGCAAAGCACAAAUACGUGAAAUUGCUGUUUGCUCUCUUUCCAGUUUGGAAUCCAGAUCACAUACUAAAAGUCCUGUCUGAUUUCUGGAAUGCAGUACGUGCACAGAACAUGUACAUCGCCAAGCAGAACCGAUUAAAAGAGUUGCACGCACAUCGACAGCUUGUAAACGUACGUCAUAGGCCGUCGUGUUCAUUUGUCGAGUUUGAUUUCGCAAAAAGUGUUCCGCACUCCAGAGGCAUGUCGUCUCGGCAUGCGUUGUUGGAGCGCAAAAGCGUUCGCUUGGUGGCCGCAACAUCGCUUGAUGAUCCGUGUGCAGUGACUUCCUGCGUUAGUUGGAGUGUCCCGACUGAGUUCGAAAAGUGUUGUCCUCUCCGGUUUGUGGCUACAAGCUGUAGCGGCUCCCAUAUGGCGGUUGCAGGCCAAAAAGGCUUUUGCUUACUUAACACUGCAAAUGGAAAGUGGCGAAUGUUUGGCAACGUGAAUGACGAGCAGGACAUGUUCGUUCACUCACUAUUGUGGUUGGGUGACGAUGUAAUCGUGGUCAACUUUACACGUUCUAGCGAAAAUCAUCAGUCCUUGCACCUGCGGGCGUACCCUAGAAAUCAUUUAGACGAGGAGUCCAUUUUACAACAGCUCGUGUUUGCCCGAGAUGAUCAAUAUGCCGCACGUAAUAAGCAUUCAGCCGCCCAAGGUGGACGCUCGCUGAAUGACUAUGCCGAAGAUUGUUUUACCAUGAUGGAUUGUGAUGACGCGCAGAAGAAUCUUUUUUGUGUCUCUAAACGCGAGCUGUGGAUUUUUACUUUCGCAGUUGCAGGCUCUAUGAAAAACAACGACCUUCAGAUGAGCAUUGAGCUAAUGCGAAAGGUACGCCUGCCGUCCCGGGUGGCGGAGUUACCCAGAGGAAGCCCCGUUUUGGAUUUUGCUGUUAUACCGCGCUUCCUACACAUACAAGACGAAAAAGUGCGGGAAGAGCAGCAGCGUAAGCAGCAACAGGAACGUGACCACGAUUACGAUGACGAAGGGUGGAUUUCUAGCUUUAUGAACAUGCUGGUAGGCGGCGAAGUUCCAGACCAAUACACGCCGGAAGAAGUUCUUCCUCGAUUCGCGUUCGUGGACAGUGCUGGUAACGUAAUAGUGUGGGACCCGGAAGGUCGCUCGCAGCGAUUACUAUGCUCAAACGUGAGUACAAUGGCAAGGUUGUUUGUAUCACCGGAGGCCUGUGCGGCAUGGCCAGCACCUUGUCGACUUAUUUACGGAUUAUAUGGUCCCGAAGGAAUGAAAUUGUGGCUCCCGCUACUGGAUGGCGUCUAUAUGACACAUACAAAAGCUUUUGAAGAGGACAGCCAUCGGCUAGAGACGUUUCUGGCUUGUCAUGAUCCACUGCGUGCGAAAACAUAUGAGAUAGAGUUCGGCACGGCUCCCGCUACUGCCGAGCUGUACGAGCAAGUUGUUUGCGAAUACGGAAUCGCACUAGAAGGCUUUUUAUCAAGCGGUGUUGGCGUUGGCGUAGGGACUGGAAGGAUGCCCAUGAAUGAUGGAUAUACUAAUAUGCGGGGGUGUGUGACGUCAGUGGACGAUCCCUCUGCCAAGGAUGGCAUGUUGCGUUUCGACUAUGAUGUGACAGUUUUGGGCGCUGAGCAAGCGUUCGGGUUGCUGAUAGGCGUGUCGCAGGACGUGUAUGUGCCGUCUGGUGCUCUUCUCCCGUGUUACGAUGUUUUUGCACGAGUGCAGCCAAUUUUUCACACACUACUUUGCUUUCUUGUACGAAACGAGCAGCUGUCAUGGGCUCGUCUCGUGCUGAACAGCGUCCGCAAGCACUUUGCGCUUUCGACGCCGACUCAGGAGCUGUUUCUCCACUCCAUGCUCGAGGCUUGCUUCGCGAAGCAAUGUUCUGAUGAGAUGCUGCACGUCGGUAUCCAGCUGCUACGUACAGGCAACCGAGAGCAGAAACAUGAAGGCGACAUUGCGGAAUAUUGUGAGAUCGUCGCCAAUGUAGCACGAAAGAGCGAGCCUUCGCGAUUGAAGUUUAUGUUUCCUGCUGCAGGAGACCCUGUGGAUCUACUUCAUAGUUGUAAACAGCGAUCGGAGCUACGUACGGCUGCUAAUUUCUUGCUCAUCUUGGACGAGUGCUCAAGCGUAUCGAGCUCUUCGGUGGCGCUUCGUCGGGUGGAGUGCGCCGCCGAAUUGCUGAAGGAAUGCAUUGAUCAAGAAGAAUGGGUACUUGCUCAGCACGUUGUUCGGGUCGCGCGUGAUUGGGAGCGAUCGCCAACAAGUGAUAGCCCGUUACAACAUGCUAAGCGAUGCGGCGCUAGUAUCGAUGAGCGGCUUGCCUUCUUGGCAUUAAAUAAUCUCGUUUGUGGUGAAUUUGAGCGUGUUGUUUGGUGUGUUGAAGACCUUCAAGCGAAGCUUCCACACAGCUCUGUGGAAGGUCGCCAAUCAGACAAGGGCGGUGAUGUCAUUCAAGAUCGGCUCCACCAUAUCUUCGUCCAGGGCAACAAACGAAGACAGCUAAGGACUUUGCUGCAAGCUGUGACGGAGGCUCACUACGAUGAGUGGGUAGCACGCAUCAAGCGCGUAAUGGAGCAAUGA